AUGAACAAGAAUGAGCUUACUACAAAAGCAUCCUACCAAGUAACAGAAAUUUUAGCACAAAAGAUGAAGCCGUUUUCUGAUGCAGAAAUUGUAAAAGACUGUGUUAUGAAACAAGUUGUAAAGAUCGGGAAUUUUAUAAGGUCAAAUGAACUGAACCGCAGAACGUUCCAAGAGUUUUUGAAAGAACUUAUAUCACAAUACGGGGACGUGCUUUAUCAUGCAGAAGUGAGAUGGUUGAGUAAGGGUAAAGUUUUGGAACGUUUCUUCAGUAUUCGUCAUGAGAUUACUCUGUUUUUAGCUACAAAGGAAAAAGAUUACCCUGAUUUGGUGGCUCAAAGUAGCGCGUUUCUCACUGAUACAAUGGGCAUUAUGAAUGAAACACUGACUCGAUUGCAAGGACACUACAAUAACAUUGUAACAAAAAUGAUUAGUAUUGUGUUUUCACAGGAACAAAAACUCAAUAUGUAUAUCGAAGAAUUGUCAAACAGUGAUUAUUCUAGCUUUCSUUCUGUUAAAACUUUGUUUGAUGAAAAUCCAGAUGAAAGUCAAGAUGUUUCUGAUUUAAUAAAGCUGUUGACAGAUCUACAGAACGAAAUGUCUUUGAGGUUUAGUGACUUCAGGAAGUAUCAAGAACCAUUUCGCUUGGUGAAAAACCCAUGGUCAAUUACAACAGCAAAUAUAGCUCAUCUUUCCGUUUUUGGAUACGAAGCUAGGGAUUUGAAAAAUGAGUUAAUUGAUCUUCAGCAUGAUACGGAGAUCAAAAGUGUUUUUGAAUAA